CAUCAUCAUUAUCUGAUCAGAUCAGUCAAUUCCAUGUUCAUCAAUUCGAUUUGAUUUGAUUGUGCAAUAAGAUAAACAAACGUCAAACGAAAAAAUGCAAUCAUUAAAUCAAUCACAAUUAAUUAGUACUAGUGGUGGUACUGUAACUGUAAGCGGUAUUGGUAUAUUACCAACAGGUACAACUAUUACCGGUACUAGUAUUGGUGGUCAUCCAAUUACAUUACAAGCAACAAAUCAACAACAACAACAACAACAACUUGGCCACAUUAAUCAUCAUUUAAUUACAAAUAAUCAACAUUCAUUAAAUCAACAACAACAACAACAACAACAUCAUCAUUUAGGACAACCAACAAAUAUACAAUUAAUAAUAGCAACAAAAUCAUUACCACAAGCAAUACAAACAGCUACUAUUAAACAACAACAACAACAACAUCAACAACAACAACAACAACAACAACAACAUGAUAAUAUUAUAACAAUACCUGUAUCAGUAUCAACAACAUCAUCAUUAUCUGGUCAUUUAAAACAAGAAAUGAUUACAUUACCUGUUAUGGCAACAACAGCAACAACAACAGGACAACAUCCAAUGCAAGGACAAUGUCCAACAACAAUAACCGGUACAAAUAUUGGUACUAUUGGUAAUAUUGGUGGUACUGGUGGUACAACCUGUAUGCUGGUUACACCAUCAACAUUAAAUCAAGUUGUUAAUAAUUUAAAUAUUCAUCAUCAACAACAAGCGAUAACAACAACAACAACAAACCAACAACAACAACAACAACAUCUUACAAUUAAUAAUUCAAAUCAAUUAAAUCUUCAAUUGAAUCAACAAUUAAAUCAACAACAACAACAACCACAACAACAUCAUCAAACAACAACAAUAAUAACAUUACCACAAUCGCAACAACAACAACAACAACAACAACAACAAAAUCAACAACAACAACAACAAAUUCAACAAAUUCAUACACAAACACUUAAUCAUACAAAUGUGAUACAAACAAAUAAUAAUAAUACAAUAACCGUAACUGGCCAAACACCUGGAUUAGAUCUAUUGGCUUGUCUUGAAUGUGGUAAACAUUUUGUUUCAGUUGCAAAAUUAAAAUCACAUGAAAAAACACAUUCAAAAUCAAGGCCAUUUAAAUGUACUGAUUGUAAUAAAUCAUUUACAGUUCGAUAUUCAUUGAUAUGUCAUACACGAACACAUACACGUGAACGUCCAUAUCAGUGUUCACAAUGUGGAUCACGUUUUACACAAGCAUCAAGCCUAAAAACACAUCAAAUUUAUAAACAUACAAAAAAUUUUCCAUAUGCUUGUAAACAAUGUGAUCGUGGUUUUAUAUCACCCGGUCAACGACAUGAACAUGUUGUACGUACACAUUUAAAAUUAUCAAAUUCAACCAGUGGACAACGAUCAUCAUCAUCAUCAUCGACGACAGGAAAAAAUUCAAAAUCUAAAUCAACAAAUAAAACUACAAAAUCCAAACAACAACAAUCCAAAUCAACAACAACAACAACAAUGAAUGAUACGAAUCAGAAUAAUGGUCAAAUUACAACAACAGCAACAACAACAACAAUAGUACCGACAACAACAAUAUUUGUUUCAUCGGAAGCAUCAACAACAACAACAACAACAAUACCAACAACAACAGCAACCACAAUGGUCGAAAUACCACCAUAA